AGUAGCUGGAAUCACAGGUGUGAGCCACUGCUCCCAGGUCCCCUGAGAUCAUUGCUCUUAUUUUAUAGCAGAGAUAACAUAAACCUCUGGGAACAUUACUUUUGGCUAGUGCUUGAAUUCUGAAAUAAUUCCUGUAGAUAGUUCAGAAGUUACCAAUCCAUCCGCAUUACUAGGUGAAAACACCUAGUGCUUUGAAAGUGUGGCACAUGGUAGGCAUUCAAAUAUUUGCUAUGUAAAUGAAAAGGCAAUAUAUUAGAGUCAGCUGUUCUUCUAUGGUUUGAAGUCUAGCUCCAUCUAUUACUGUGUGACAUUGGGCAGUUCAUCUCAACUCUUUGAGUUUCCUCAUUAUCCAUAUUUCCUUCCUUCCUCAUCCUCAUUAGGAAAAAUAUGCUAAUAGUGCCUUCCUCAUAGUGCUGUGAAAUUAGAUGAGAUAAUGUAUGAGUCAAUGUGUGAAGUAUUUAGCAUAGUCCUGGCCCUCAGCUGGCACUCAAAUGUUGCUUCUGCUGUUCUUAUUAUCAUUAUUAAGCUAAUAAACCAAUUUGGUACCACUAACACAGUCUGCUGUUUAAAUAUGAUUUCAUGUGCUGGUGACUUUUCUUUUGGAAAAUUGUUUAGUGUAGUCCUAGCUAUACUUUAAGCAGCAUUGAAGUCAGAACCUAGUUUGUAUCUCAGUUCCUAGUGCCCAGAACACUAUGGGAAAUGUUUUGAUUAUUUCUAACUGACUUCUUUCUGGAAUCAGAUAUUUCAGAUCUUCUGAUUUACUUGUAUGUGAGUAGUAGUCCCACAGCUCAUGGGCAGGGUACUCAAAUGAAGCUUCAUGGUUGGAAAGAGCAAACUAGAAAUAGAAGUAAACAAAGAUGUGUGUGAGGUAGGAAUGUCAUGGUUUGGGUAGUCAUAACUUCUCUUAGUAUUCAGCUCCAAAAACAUGAAGAUUUUGUUUCUUGAAUGUAAACUAGUUAAGAGCUAACUUAAAAUACAGGUUGAAUGAGCUAAACAUACCAGUUCUCAUCAUAACUUCUUUUGAUGAAUAAGAAUUCAUCCUUUCUUUUUUUCUAUAGAGUUUAAGAAAUAGAUGUGUAUAAUGAUCACAUCCAUUUAUAGUGUUCCCUGAUUGUCCUAAUUUUAAGUAAUUGUCUUCUUCAGAAGGCAGCUUGUUAAAUAGAUGAUUAAAUGUAAUAAAAAUGUAUAUUUUUUUCCUUAAAAAUUUUUAGGCACUUCUAAGAGAAUAUCCCAGUUUGCUUUGGAAAAUACUCCUAGUAUAGUUAUGCAGUACAGCAGAGGGAAGUGAUAUUUUUUGUAUUUUACUUUUUUUCAAAGGGUAUGGAUAAGAGAAAGGAGUUUUAAAAGUGCUUCUUUCCAAAUAUUGUCUCUGUCUGACCCAGUGGCUCAGUUGGAGAAAAAGUUUCUUAAAUUGUGAUGUUAUCAAAACUUGUUAGGCGGGUUAUGGAUAAUGCUCAACUUUAUAGCUAGUGUGGUUAUCUAUACUUAAACUUACCUUAUGUCCCACAGUAUGAGUGAAGUUCUUAGUGCUGCCGUUAAAUAUAGUCUAAUUAUUAACCAAAUCUAUAAAUAAAUCAGUAAUUACCUUUUAUGAAGAUAAGUUUUUUUCAUGGACUUUUCCCUCUUCCUCAGGAUUUGACAUUGAUUUUUCAGUGAGUGGGCAAUUUGUGUAACUAACUUUAUUUCAAGGGUUCAAAGUAUGAUCCAGUAGUAAAAGCAUUUGGUUUGGAAGUCUGAUUCUGGUCUUACGUCUACUACUGUGUGAUCUCAAGGACAAGAUCACAUGGCUGCAUUUAUGGAUAUGGAAAUUAUAGUAAGAAUAAUGUCUGCUUUGGCUGUAUCUGAGGAUCGUAGUGCUUCCAUGCCUCUGGCUGUUCUAAAAUUGGGCCAAAUAGAUCCAUUUAAGAGAGGCUUUUUCUGUAAAGACAACAGCAUCAACUAUCCGUACCAUGACAGUACCGUCACAUCCACUGUCCUCAUCCUAGUAGGGAUUGGCUUACCCAUUUCCUCUAUUGUUCUUGGAGAAACCCUGUCUGUUUACUUUAACCUCUUGCACUCAAAUUCCUUUAUCAGGAAUAACUACAUAGCCACUAUUUACAAAGCCAUUGGAGCAUUUUUAUUUGGUGCAGCUGCUAGUCAGUCCCUGACUAACAUUGCCAAGUAUUCAAUAGGCAGACUGCGACCUCACUUCUUGGAUGUUUGUGACCCAGACUGGUCAAAAAUCAACUGCAGUGAUGGUUACAUUGAAAACUACAUAUGUAGAGGGAAUGCAGAAAAAGUUAAGGAAGGCAGGUUGUCCUUCUACUCAGGCCACUCUUCAUUCUCCAUGUACUGCAUGCUGUUUGUAGCACUUUAUCUUCAAGCCAGGAUGAAGGGAGACUGGGCAAGACUCUUACGCCCCACUCUGCAGUUUGGUCUAGUUGCUGUAUCCAUUUAUGUGGGCCUUUCUCGAGUAUCUGACUAUAAACACCAUUGGAGCGAUGUGUUGACUGGACUCAUUCAAGGAGCUCUGGUUGCAAUAUUAGUUGCCGUAUAUGUAUCAGAUUUCUUCAAAGAAAAAAGUUCUCCAUUUAAAGAGAGAAAAGAGGAGGACUCGCAUACAACUCUGCAUGAAACACCAACAACUGGGAAUCACUAUCGGAACAAUCACCAGCCUUGAAGGGCUGCAUGGUGCCCAGAUGAAGCUGGCCUGCUUUCUAAAAUUGCAACCAGAAGGCAAGAGGAUGCCUUUCCACCCAGUGUACAGGCCUUAAUGGACUGCUGCUGCUGCUAUGCCUCUUGGAUGCCCACUUUAUUGUGUGUAUAUAGUUACAUUUAACACAAUGGUUAUCUACUAGCUCUGAGUUCAUUAAAAAAUUUCAAGCCUUUCACCAAAACACUGCCCCACCUGUACAUUUUUUAUUAAAAAAAUGUAAUGCUUAUGUAUAAAUGUGUAUGUCAUAUGCUUUCACAGAAUGAUGUUUGCUUAAAUAUAAUACACAUUAAAAUGAGGAUAACCA